UUGACAUGUGUCAAAUAAAUAAAAACAAAAAUCAAUUAUCAAAGAAUUGUUUAUUCUUUUAAUAACUAUUACUUGAGAGCAAAUAAACAAUUAUGGCACAAAAAUGGAUAUAUUUAUCAAUUUUUGGUGGAGUAGUUUUAGUUAUUAGUGAAUUAGUGUGGCAUCUUAUCAAAAAGUACAGAAACAAUUUACAAUUAACUGAUAACAAAAAAACAAUUUCUGAAGUGUUACUUUUUUCUGAUGCUUCAAAAUAUUGUCGGAAUCAUGCUUUCGGUAAUCCUUGCAAUAAUGAAUGUCCAGCUGCCAAGUUAAAACAACUGAUCUCAUAUUUGGACUCUAGUAUGCAUACCCUUGAUAUUUGUAUGUAUGUAAUAACAUGCCAAAGUAUUGCAGAAGCAAUAAUCAGAGCACAGAGAAGACGUGUUGAUGUUCGAAUUAUUGUUGAUGCGGGUAUGGCUGAAAAUGAGGCCUGUGCGAAUAAAUUAAAUCAAAUGAGGGAUGCAGGUGUAUUAGUACGGAUGGCACGUUCUGCCGAUUCUCUAAUGCACCAUAAAUUUGGAAUAAUUGACCAGAAAAUCAUGAUUUACGGUAGUACAAAUUGGACAAUGCAAGCCUUUUUUGGAAAUUUUGAUGGCAUCAUUAUUACUAAUCAAGCUGGACUCGUUAAGCCUUUAAUAAUCGAAUUCAACAGAAUUUGGGAGGAAAUAAAAUGAGCUAACAACGAUAAUUUGACAAGUACAUUUUCCAAAAAGUAUUUAAAGAAAGUCAAAUCAACAAAAUAUAAAUAUUUUUAUAAACGAGCUGUAAUAUUCUGAUUUUAUCAGUCUUGGCCUUUCAUACACGUGCUAAUUCCGUAAUGUCUCAAUGGUGUAAACAAAUACACUCUUUUACUAUUAA